GGAACUAAUUUUAUCAAUUGAUAAACCACACUUCUCUUCUCAUUAACAAACAGAAACAUUAGAGCUAAGUUAGCUAAGUGAAACUUCUUAGUUAGAGAAUUUAAUCAAUGGCUUCUUCCAUGAUUAGUUUGGCUUUCUUUGUCCUCCUCAUAGUUGGGAGUGCCAAUGCACAACUUUCUACAAGCUUUUACUCAAGUUCUUGUCCCAAACUUUCUUCCACAGUACAAUCCACGGUGAAAUCCGCCAUAGCGAAUGAGGCCCGAAUUGGCGCUUCCAUCCUCCGUUUGUUCUUCCAUGAUUGCUUUGUCAAUGGAUGUGAUGGGUCAAUUCUAUUGGAUGACACAUCAAGCUUUACUGGAGAGAAAAAUGCAAAUCCGAAUAGGAAUUCUGCUCGUGGAUUCGAUGUCAUUGACAACAUAAAAACAGCUGUGGAGAACGUAUGUCCCGGAGUUGUAUCAUGUGCUGAUAUCCUUGCUAUUGCUGCCGCAGACUCUGUUGCAAUUCUUGGAGGUCCAACCUGGAAUGUGAAACUUGGAAGAAGAGAUGCUAAAACGGCUAGUCAAUCUGCAGCUAAUACCAAAAUCCCAGCACCAACUUCUGACCUUAGUACACUUACCUCAAUGUUUAGUGCGGUUGGUCUUUCCACCAAGGACUUAGUUGCAUUGUCAGGUGCUCACACAAUUGGGCAAGCAAGGUGCACAACAUUUAGGACACGAAUCUACAAUGAGACCAACAUAGAUACUUCAUUUGCUACCACAAGGCAAUCAAACUGCCCAAGCACAUCAGGGUCAGGGGACAGUAAUUUGGCACCUCUUGAUCUUCAGACUCCAACUUCCUUCGACAAUAACUACUUCAAAAACCUUGUUAAUAAAAAGGGUCUUCUCCAUUCGGACCAACAACUUUUCAAUGGUGGCGCCACCGAUUCCACAGUGAGCGGCUAUAGUACUAAUCCAACCUCUUUUUCCUCUGAUUUUGCCGCUGCUAUGAUCAAGAUGGGAGACAUUAGUCCUCUCACUGGAUCCAAUGGAGAGAUCAGGAAGAACUGCAGAGCAACCAACUAAUAUAUAUUUAAGUCAAAUUUAAUAUUAAGGGUCCUAAGGCACGCACAAUAAUUAAGUUGUUAAACAUGUUUUCGUUGUCUUUUUAAGUUUGUGUGCUUUUGAGGGUUGUGUAUUGUCUUAGUUUUAUUUUGUUUUUGUUUCUUCUUUUACAAAAUUAUAAGAAGUGAGAUUUAAUUGUGUUUGUGUUUUUAAUUUAUAAAAAAGGGUUUAGUUUUACUCUU